GUCCCUGGAUGAACAAUGUGACCAGAAGCAGCUGGGAUUCACUAUGCAAAGGACAACAUGUGCCAGGGUGCUUUUGCACUAAUUCGUAAUAAAGAAUGAUGUGAAUAGUGACUCGUUAUUUAAUCGUGGGUAAAGUGUCACUGCACUACCGCGUUUUAUAAGCAGAAAUAUAAUGCAGAAUGUGCGUUAUGACAGAAUUAUGUGGCGGCGGAGCUUGUCCCCUUUCGCUUAUCGUUUAUUAUUAAGUCACAUGGAUAAAAUCCCCCAAAACGGUCCGCAGUGCCACUGAGUCCGCGUCCGUUUCUGCUCAGACAGCUUCCGCGUUUCACACGAAGCGGAUCAUUCCCUGUCUGUAAAUGAAAGUGAAAGUGAUUUAAAGCUGGAAUCGCCAUUUUGUCAAGACACACGAAUAAGACUCUGGAAAAAAUAAAGAUAUUUUUAUUGCAAGAGACCCCAGCUGGAAUCAUCUGGUCUGGAUCAGCACAAAAAUGGAGGAAGCUGCUUCUGAAAUGCGCCCCCCUGUGGGGUGUAAGAGAAAGAGCACUGAGAGUGUCCUGAUGAAGAGAGCAGACUCCCCUGUACCCAGCAGUGUGAUGCCGUCCCCAUUUGUCCUGAUGAAGAGAGCAGACUCCCCUGUACCCAGCAGUGUGAUGCCGUCCCCAUUUGUCCUGAUGAAGAGAGCAGACUCCCCUGUACCCAGCAGUGUGAUGCCGUCCCCAUUUGUCCCGAUGAAGAGAGCAGACUCCCCUGUACCCAGCUGUGUUUCCCUGAAGAGUGACAGGUCAAUGCCUCUACCACUCAACUUCAGAGAUGGACCUAUUCCUUCAGAUCAAAGAGACCAAAUUGAAGAAUGCAGUUCAGAUCUACAUGAUAAAUCGGGUUUAUCAUCCAUACUGAAGUUACUAGAGGAAAAAGCCUUAAAGUUCCUAAAGGAUGAGAUGAAGAAGUUUGUGAGGUACCUAGAUCGGAAUUACCCAGAAUGCUCUGAGCCUCAGCUGGAGGAGGACAAUGACCUGGACAGUGAUGAUCGGAUGCAGAAGAGCUGUGGUAGAGAGGGAGCUCUGAAGAUCACACUGUACAUCCUGAGGACCAUGAAGAAAAAUGAUCUCGCUGACAUACUGGAGAAGAAACAGCUCAUGCUGCAAUAUCUGCACAGAAUCAAAAGUAACUUGAAGCAGAAAUGUGAGUGUGUAUUUGAAGGGAAAGCUAAGGAAGGACAGCCAACAUUUCUCAGUAAGAUUUACACAGAACUCUACAUAACUGAAGGUGGGACUGGAGGAGUCAAUGAUGAACAUGAAGUGAGACAGAUUGAAACAGCAUCCAAGAAAAGGCAAACAGAAGAUACUACAGUCAAGUGCAAUGAUAUAUUUAAACCCUUACAGGGGUGUGAGACACCUAUCAGAACUGUACUCACUAAAGGGGUGGCAGGUAUCGGGAAAACAGUCUCUGUGCAGAAAUUUAUUCUCGACUGGGCAGAAGGAAAAGCAAACCAGGAUGUUCACUUCAUAUUUGCUCUUCCUUUCCGGGACCUGAAUUUGAUUAAGGAUGAAUACAGUCUGAUUGAACUGCUUCACCGCUUUGUCCCAGAUCUUAUAUCACUUCAAUCCACUGAGCUGUUUAGGUGCAAAAUCUUGUUCAUCUUUGAUGGUCUGGAUGAGUGUCGCCUUUCUCUAGAUUUUCAGAACAAUGAGAGCUGGUUUGAUGUAACAAAGAAAAUGUCACUGGAUGUGCUGUUGACUAACCUCAUUAAGGGGAAUCUGCUUCCAUCAGCUCUCCUCUGGAUAACCUCCCGGCCAGCAGCAUCCAGUCAGAUACCUCCUGACUUCAUCCACCGGCUGACAGAGAUACGAGGGUUCAGUGAUGCCCAGAAGGAGGAGUAUUUCAGGAGGAGAUUCAGUGAUGAGAGCCUGGCCAGCAGGAUUGUCACACAUGUGAAAUCAUCAAGGAGCCUCUUCAUCAUGUGCCACAUACCUGUGUUCUGCUGGAUUUCAGCCACUGUGCUUAAGAGGCUUUUUAGUGAGACUGACAGUGGAGAAAUUCCAAGGACUCUGACUGAAAUGUACACACACUUCCUGAUAUUUCAGUCCAGUUUAAAAAAUGACAAGUAUAUGGAAAACGAUGAAACCAAGCUUAAGAAAUACAGCAAGGAAUUCCUUUUGAAACUUGGUAAACUGGCUUUUGACAACCUUGACAAAGGCAAUCUCAUAUUUUAUGAGGAAGAUCUGACAGAGAAUAGCAUUGAUGUCACUGAAGCUUCAGUUUACUCUGGACUGUGCACAGAAGUCUUUAAAGAGGAAUAUGGGCUGUAUCAGGAGAAGGUGUACUGCUUUGUGCAUCUGAGCAUCCAGGAGUAUCUCGCUGCUUUAUACGUGUUUCUGUCAAACUCAUCAGCUGACCUGCUGGAGACUGCAGUGGAUCAGGCAUUAAAGAGCAAGAAUGGACACUUGGACCUCUACCUCCGCUUCCUCCUGGGCCUCUCAACAGACUCCAGUAAGACUCUGUUACAAAGGCUACUGGGACAGAGAGGAACCAGGUCACAUACCAAUUUAAAAAGAUCCAUAAAAAGGUUACUGGGACAGACAACAGCCAAAUACAUCAGGGAGAAAAUAAAGGAGAAUUUAUCUCCAGAAAGGACUAUCAACCUGUUCCACUGUCUGGUUGAACUGAGUGACAAUUCUCUAGUAAAUGAUGUAGAAAGAUACCUGAAUUCAGGAAGCCUUUCAGCAGAAGACCUCUCACCUGCACAGUACUCAGCUCUGGCCUUUGUGAUGCUGAUGUCAGAUGAGGAGCUGGAUGUGUUUGAUCUGAAGAAAUACAUCAGAUCAGGUGAAGAGCACUGGAGGCUGCUGCCUGUGGUCAAGAACUCCAGGACGGCUCUGCUGAACAGCUGUAAUCUCACAGAGAAAUGCUGUGAGGUGCUGGCUUCAGCUCUCAGGUCAAACUCCUCACACCUGGAAAAGCUGGACUUGAGUGACAAUGACCUGCAGGAUUCAGGAGUGAAGCUGCUCUCUGCUGGACUGGGGGAUUCACACUGUAGGCUGGAGAUACUGAGGCUGAACAGCUGUAAUCUCACAGAGAAAUGCUGUGAGGCGCUGGCUUCAGCUCUCAGAUCAAACUCCUCACAUCUGAAAGAGCUGGACCUGAGUGACAAUGACCUGCAGGAUUCAGGAGUGAAGCUGCUCUCUGCUGGACUGGGGGAUUCACACUGUAAACUGGAGAUACUGAGACUGUCAGGCUGUAGAGUCACAGAAGAAGGCUGUUCUUCCCUGGCUUCAGCUCUGAGAUCAAACCCCUCACACCUGAGAGAGCUGGACCUGAGCUACAAUCACCCAGGAGACUCAGGAGUGAAGCUGCUCUCUGCUGUACUGGAGGAUCCCAGCUGUAAACUGGAGCAGCUGAAUGUGGACCACAGUGGACAGUGCAGGACCAGACCAGGCUUACAGAAAUACUCCUGCCAGCUGACACUGGACCCCAACACAGCAAACAGACGCCUGUCUCUGUCAGGGGGGGACAGGAAGGUGACAGAGGGGGCAGAGCAGCCAUAUCGUGAUCAUCUAGAGAGAUUUGAGGCCUGUGCCCAAGUUCUGUGCAGAGAGAGUCUGACUGGCCGCUGUUACUGGGAGGCUGAGUGGGAUGGAUAUGGAGCCCGGAUAGGAGUCACUUAUAAAGGGAUCGAGAGGAAAGGAGUGAGGGACUGUCUGCUUGGAUACAAUGACAAGUCAUGGUGUCUGUGCUGUGAUACUAACAGUUACUCUGUCUGGCACAAUUAUAAACAGACUCUCAUACCCAUACGGCCCUCAGCCCCCCACAGAGUAGGAGUGUAUCUGGACUGGGGGGCUGGUGCUCUGUCCUUCUACAGAGUCUCCUCUGAUGGACUGACCCCCCUGUACAGACUCACCUCCUCAUUCACUGAGUCCCUCUAUCCUGGGUUUUAUGUUAAUAUAAAGUCCUCAGUGUUACUGUGAUGUGUUGCUGGUUCUCCUGGCAAAAAGGUAAAAUCUCUGCUUUUUAACCUUUAUAAUCCUUUUUACUCUGAAUUUAUGUUUGACAAAAAUAAGUUUUUCUGUCUGACUAAAAUAUAACUAAAUGUAAUCCUGAUGCGGGGGUGGCAUGGUGGUGCAGUGGUUAGC